AAAUUCAGAGACUUCAAAACCACACCAACGGGUCUCGAAGACCUUCAAAUUCCGCGUUCCCGAAAAAACAAUUCAGAACGUGGCUCGGCCAUUACUGCGGCGUUUUCAACGGUCAUUUUUCUACAGAGGACCCGCAUCGUCCGAACAUGGCCGACUCAUCCCCCGGGUCAAGCUCCGAGUUGCAAUCCAAGUCACUGCAUAACUUGCAAACUACCCAGAACACCAAUAAAAACACUUCUGAUCUCGAGAUCCCAAUCGAGAUCGUGAGUGAAGAAGAAAUGGCUCUUCUGGAAGCGGCUUUAGUAGCAACCCGUUCUUUUCUAUCUUCUUCCUCUGUAAUCCCUUCAAUUGCUUCGCCUUCUCGACCUUCCUUCUUAUCUUCUUCUCAGUUGCGGGAAAACGUGAGGUCUAUUGAGUCAAUUACCCUUUUGUCCAAACGGAGCUUAUCGGUAUGUGCGGGUCUGGACAUCGAGGAUUCGGGUAAUUUAAGGAGUCAGCAGAAGAAGAAGAAUCGGGUGAGUGAGUCGUUCUUGCGUCGUUUCAGGAAGAAGAGAGGGUUGAUGGUUACUGAUAUCACUGGCACGGAAUGGUGUGAAAAACAAAUGGAGUUUUACCUUGAUCGUGGGAGAAAAAAAGUGAACAAAGCCAUGAAAGCAGGCAGUGCUCGCCAUUUAGAGCUUGAAAAAGAGGUUGUUGAAAAAGUUAAAGUUGAAAUCAAGACAAUGGAAGAUAACUGGGCUUUGAAACUUAUUAAUUGCAUAGUGGGUGCAAAUCAAUUAUUGUUUGAUGGUCUAACACGUGAGCUACCCCUUGUAGGCUUUGCAGAAGAUGUAUGGAUAGUGGGAGUUAUUGACGAGAUUAGGAUGCCAGUAAGUGUGAGUGAUAGAAGCCCGGUACUGGUAGACAUAAAGACCCGUAGGCAAGACACACUUCCUGCUCAACCACAAGUAAGAAAUGGAAGGUUUCAAUUGAUGUUGUACAAAUCUUUGUGGGACAGCCUAGUUGCUGGUAACUUCCCUACUGGAAGGUUCUAUGAUUAUUUCUCCUUGAAUCCUCAUAGUACGUUAUCCGAAGAAAUAAGAGAAACCACCGCUGAUGCAGGUUUUCCUGUACAGACUCUUGGUGAGGUAGUUACAUAUUAUAGAAAUACAUGGAGCUCACUGCCUAUGUCUGCCAACCAGCUGCUCUUGAGGUAUGAACUUCAGAAAGACCAUUCCAUUCUGGCUGAAGUUCCAUUCGAGCACGACUCUAACUGGGUCGAGAGUCAACUUCAUGGUUGUCUCGAGUUCUGGACAGGAGAACGAGAAGCUAAUUUCACACCAGAGGAGGAGCGCUGGAAAUGCCGGUAUUGCCAGUUUGCUUCUGAAUGCCCUGGAAACCCUGACUCUGACAUUGCACGAAGCUCUUCUACAAGCGCGAAUUCCAUUUGUUCGGUAAACUAAAGAAGAAACAAAAAGUAUCGGCUCCAUGAUCCUGCUGCUGACCCAAAUAUGCUAGAAUUUCUGCAGGGAAUCAAACAUUUUUUCAAUACAUGCUUCUUUGUGUCAUAUUUGCUAAAGUGAAGAAGAUGUGCAGCAGUUAUACUUGAUUGGUUUAUGCAUCGAUAUAAUAUGUUGUAUUGUAUAAUGAUUCCUUCAUUCUUGUAUAGUUGCACUUGCAUUGUAUCAUUCAUUUUAUAAUUUUCUA